AUGGCCGCACCAUUGAGCAAACCGAUUGCUCCCACGUUUUCUGACCCGCUCGAACAUCGGGCGUUCCUGAAAUUCCGCUUGGCUCAAGCAUAUCGUAUCUUUGGAAAGUACGGUUAUGAUGAAGGCGUCGCUGGACAUAUCACUGUCCGGGUAAGAGUGACGCUUAUAUCAGUAUCACAAUUCACCAAAUUGCGACAGGGCGUUCACUUCAAGCUCAUACAGCCCGAGGACCUCCUUCUCGUAGACCACGGAGGGAAGAUACAAGAAAAUGAAUCUGGACCCUCCCGGUGGCUCAACCGGGCCGCGUACAUGAUCCAUUCAGCGGUUCAUGAAGCUCGCCCAGAUGCUAUCUGCGCUGCGCAUUCGCAUACACCGUAUGCUAAGGCGUUUAGCGCUCUUGGGAUACCCCUUGAUCCCCUUACUCAGGACAGCUGUGCGUUUUAUGAGGAUCAUGCUCUGUAUAGCGAAUUUCGCGGCAUCGUCGAUGACCGCGAGGAAGGUCUGGCUAUAGCCAAUGCUCUGGGUUCGAAAAAGAACCACGGGAUCCUCGUUGCCACCAAGUCGAUUGAAUCUACCGUUUUCUAUUUCAUCUCUUUGGAAAAGUGCUGCAAGGUCCAAAUGGUAGUGGACCAGGCCGCCGCCGCUCGUGGACUGAAACCGCGUCUUAUUGACCCAGCAAGUGCGACCCAGACAUGCGAACGCCUUGGAUCUGAGAUGGGGGGCUGGUUUAAUGGGAUUCCCGAGUUUCAGCUCUUGGAGCACGAAGAAGGAAAGAGAUUCGAGUAUGUUCCUGCACCUUAGGAGACUGUUUAGAUUACCAAUACGGAGUCUUGAAGCGUCCAGCAAUAUCUUUGCUGAUAUUUGAUUCUCUAAAACACGGCAUAGGUAUUCACAGUGAGCGAAAUUUGACGCUCCAGCCUCUACUCGGCUAAGUGCAUUUUGUCCGCGAGUGCUGUCCAAGAAUCCAGUUAGGUUGAAGGUAUACACGUAGUUAUGCAGUCGAAGACUUUGUCUGAUCUCGUAGCAGUGAGAAUGAAGGAAUUUAGUUGUCUAACACCGUCCGAUAUUGAGAGGCGUCACUG